AUGGGGGAAAAUACUGUCGACCCUGGCAGUGAGCCGCCCGAUAUAAUCGAACGCGACUCCCUCUGUUUCUCUCGUCCACAGCCAGGCAUGGUUGUGCACGGCGGCGAGGAUGGCUUUAAAGAGGAUCUUUUACGUCUUUACUCCCUCGAAGAAAGCAACGCUGCAGAAGAGUUAGUGAAGCUCAAGGAUGCCCUAAGGAAAACAGAAUCAGAAUCUUUUUGGCCCUUGCUUACCGAAGGGCUGGCCAACAUUGCGGAUGCGCAGUAUGCUUUCGUCUCCAAAAGGAUUCUAGUGGAUGAUGAGGAUGUUGCCGUGGAAAUGCCGCCCAUUGGGGAGCCGGGUGCUUGCUUAAUGGGUGCUGCCUUUUACUUCAACGAUGGCCAUGGGGUCAAGCACCAGCUCAGGAACUUCAAGUACCAUGCCUAUUCCUGUCCAUGUGCCUACAUGCGGCACGACAAGAUAUUCAUUAUCCCAGAGAAGCUCAACGAAUUCAUCGUCAACAAUCCGAACCAGCUUGCUGUACCUGGAGAAGCCUAUAUUGGAAUCCCACUGUUUGCGGAAGGGAAGUGCUUUGCACACUUCGGCGUUAUGUGGACGAAGGAAGGUGCCGCUCGCCGCAAAUUAGGUUGGGGCUCUCUGGAGUUGCUUUUCCAUGGCCUGGAGGACCUCAUUCUGGAAAGAGUUUUGGAGAGAAAGGAGUUUGCAAAAUCGGCCGAGCCAGCCCAUAAUGUCCGACCACGAGUGAUACCUCACGAAGCAAUAUCCGUCGCUCAGUCGUUGAGACCGUAUGCCCGAAGUCUUUCGCAUGAGUUACGGACACCAAUGCAGGGGGUUGUUGGAAUGCUCGAUGUCAUGAUGGCCAAUGUGAAGGAAGCGGCCGAAGGCCAGAAAGAUCCUCAGAUACGCGAAGUGCUGGACACACUGAAGGAGAAUAUUGAAGCUGUGCAAGAUAGUUCAAGACGCGCAGUAGAAGCAGCCGACAAUGUUGUUCAUGCAUACGACAUGAACAUGGGCGUCCCAGAAACACCUCUAUCUCCAUUGGAUAAAGGUCCCGCAAACAACCCUGCACACAACCCACGACCAGAUAUUCUCGUGGCUGGGCAUACCAUCCCCAUCACCCAAUUCCGGGCGAAGAAGCGCAGGAGAGAGGAAGUGCCAUGGGACAGUGAGAACACAACCAAAUCUGCACGGAGCUCCCGCCUGAAAUAUCGGCAUUCGUUCUCAGAAGAACCUCGAGCUCGCACUCAUGUACAUCUCUCUACAAGUGGAACGAGCUUUGACACUUUUGACAAGCAGUGCUCGCACGGGGCAUCAGAAACUCACUGUGAUAGCGACACGUUUAGCUCUCCGCUAUUUGCUUCGGAACACUCCGUCGUGCCCGGCCUUCGACAUACAAACUUACGAGACGUACUCCAAUACGUGAUCAACGAUGCCCUGAAAGUGGGUGGACGUCCAGAUUCGGCCACCGCCCAAGAGACGGAGCUAGGCGAGGUUAUAGAAGUUAGGACGCGAUGCUCUAAUGGCCUGGUCAACACAAAGAUGAUCGAAUGGAUGGUGGUUCCAGACGUCCCUGAAACUAUCCUUAUCGAUGAGAAAGACCUUGCUAAAAUGAUUUCGUGUGUCGUCCUUAAUGCGAUAAAAUUUACUGACAACGGAUCUAUCACGCUUAAAGCUUGCCUGAGCACCAAAGCCCGAUAUAUUGUUAUCAAUGUCAGAGAUUCUGGCUCGGGCAUCCCAGCCGCAUUUCUACCCAACCUUUUCAAGCCCUUUUCGAGAGAAGAUGAUUCCACAACUCGACAAAGCGAAGGUCUUGGCCUGGGUUUAAUGGUAGCGAAAGGAUUGGCAAGAAAACUCGGCGGCGAUCUGUUCUGCCUUCGAUCCAACGUAUCAGGGCCAGAGAAGGGAUCCGAGUUCGAAAUCCGUGUACCACUAACCCCAGGCGAGGUAUGUAGCAGACCAACAUCACCCUUUGGGUCGCCUACACCCUCCACUAAAUCGCGCCUCUCCCUUGAGGCUGAUGCAUCACCACUCCACGGCACACCACAGCCAACCACUCCACCUCAAGUAUCUGAACAGCCUAAGAACAAUACGCGCAAAGCUCUAGCUCGCAAAAGCCCAUCCAUUACUUUCAAGCCUGCUCCUUCCUUACAACAUCUUGGUCUUCCGUCUCCUCGACGCACUGCAUCUCCAGCUCGUCCUCGGGCCGCGUCCAAGAGCCGCACGUUAGCGGAAAGUGGCACCUUUGACCGAGAGCUAGCUAAGAGGUGUCCUUUGAAUUUCCUAGUAGUAGAAGACAACAAGAUCAACCGCAGGCUUCUGAAAAACAUGCUCCAGAAAUUGGGAUACACCUCCAUAGUAGAGGCGUACGACGGCAACGAUGCCAUCGACAAGAUGCGUAAAGACCGUCCAGGACACGAAAUCGAUGUUGUUCUAAUGGACCUGUGGAUGCCACUCCUCGACGGAUUCCAAGCCACCGAAAUCAUCCUUAAGAUGAACCGCCCUUCAAACCCCACCAUUCUUGCCGUCAGCGCGGACAUCACGCACGGGGCUUUCGAACGUGCUGCUAAAGUCGGCAUGAAAGGCUUUCUCACCAAACCCUUCCAAAUCCGCGAUCUCGAAAAACUUAUUCUCCAGUAUUGCGCCUCGCGCAAUCCCAGCAUCUCCGAGGAAUCUACGGGCUUAUGA